AUGGUGAACACCGACGGCACAAUCAACCUUGUCAUCUUUGACUACGCAAACUUCACCGAAUUUGUCCUUUACAAGUACAAGAUUGCCAAGGUUUCACUUCAAACCCUUUCAGGUUAUCGUUCGGCGAUCAAGGACUACUACGAAAGACACAAGGUACCUCUUCCUGCGGGAUAUGCCUCUGAUGUUACUGCUAUUUUUGAAGGUAUCCUCAGGCUGUGCGCGAGCGAGGCCCAGGCCGGAUCGAUCAAGGCUUGUGGAAAGCAGCCCCUCCGAUACCUCCAAUACGUUGAACUCUGCAAGCAAAAUCGCAAGAAGCUUGACGCCGGCUUCACGCACCUCUUCCUAACGUGA